AUGACUUCCUCGGAUAAUGACUUUGAUGACGAGGAUAAUGAUUUCUUGCUUGCACUAACCACGAAAAAGUCCCAAGGCUUGAACUUGGGAGGCGUUAGCUCUUUAGGUAGCACCACUGCGUCUGCGACCAACACGCCAAACACUUCUGCGCUUACUUAUGGCCGCUCUGCUGCCUUGCCCUCUUCCGGCCCCAGUGAAGUUGAUCCCUCAAUUCAGGCUAGGCUCUAUAGGGCAGAUGGGGAAAUUGCGAUUUUAAGAGAAAAAUACCAACAACUUCAGAAUCUGCGACAGGUAGAGUUGAUUAAAGUGAAGGAGAGCCAACAGAGUCUUCAAAGGCAAAAUGAAGAGCAAUUAAAGGCGCUACAAUUCACGGUGCAGAAGCUCGAAGAUGAGAAACGAUUCCUAAAUAACGAAAUAAAGGGGAUCGCCUCAAAAAGAAGAAAGGUACGGGACAGCAACGAUGACAUGGAUGUGGAUGGACUGCACGCUACUUCUACCUUGUCCGCAUCAACAGUCCCUGUGUCAGGUACUGGCUCUGGCUCUGGCACUGGUUCUGGUCCAUCAGAUGCAGUCAGCACUGGACCGCGAGUCUCUAGCAGUCAAGUCGUUCGGAUUCUGAAUGAUACAUCGCUCUUCUUCGAUCAUAUUUGGAAUUAUUGCAUAAAUGGAGCAGAAAGAACAUCAUUGACCUUUCUAAGCAAGAUCUAUAUCGAGCGAGAUGUAAAUAUAAACGAAUUGCAAAUCAAACGGAAAAUCCCAUUAUCCAUAGCCAUUGUGGAUUAUCUCAUGUUGAAGAAGAAAUUGAGGUUGGACGAGCUUGUAAGUGAGUUCACUACUACUAUUGCCCAAUUUGUAGAACUAUUGUUGGAGGAAGAAAACUUGAUACUUUCAGUGCCAUUUCUCUUAUCCUUAAUUCAUUCGGCAAUCAGCUUCAGGCCCCUAGCAGUUGUAAAAGCUACAGUAAUUUACCUUUUAAGGUCCAUAUCCAAGAUAUCGAGGCGAUUUCUAUUUAUAUUGGAGGAAACUCAGAAUCAAGAAGACUAUAUUACAUAUCAUGAUGUUCCUGAACAAGUACUGGUACUUGAAAAGAUAACUUUGAUAUGUUCUGUGGAUAUAAUAGAAAAAUUGAGUGCAAUUAGUACACUACAUGGAGUUAGCUUUGUCAAGGAUGAAAUAUGGGGAGGCGAGCUGCCUUGUAUCCCACGAGAAUUGGUAAAAAGGCUUUUACCUGAGAAUACAGAAAGACUCAAAAAUUCGAGUCAGAUCAAUCUAGUUUUCAACAUCGUUGAAAUGCUUAUGUCUUCCAUCACAGAGGAACUGUUUGCUUACUCUAAUUUUGAGAGAGCACCAAACCAGGCAUCGCCAAUCUUUAAUUCAUUGUUCAAGGUCUUAUUAGUGGAUAUCCCACUUCGAGAUGAUUUCAUGAUAUAUGGCCUCAAUAGGAUACUAGGGAAUAUUAUUGACAUAAAGAAGGUGGAAUCGCUGGUUCCAGUUGAGGAUAAUGCUCUUGGGUAUUCGCUAGUAAUGAUACCAUGUCCGAUACCCCAAGAAUUGAAGUCAGAGAGGAGGAAAGAACUGCAAGAGGGAAAUGACUUAGAGAAUGGAACUAGUGGUGGUAGUUUUGUUGGAAUCCACGAUAAAUUGAAUUUUGAGCUUAAUUUAAAGCAUCAGAAUCAUUUGCUCAAACUAAGGAUCCGUGUAGCGAUGCUACUAGAACAUUUCAUAGUUUCUACCUCUCUUGUGACGCAUUUGCAGCUGAAAGAUUAUAUCAAGUCAAUGGUCAGAACCAUUGGAUUUGAGCAAUCCAAUAUCUUGAAGUCCCCCCGGUCGAAAGAUGUUCACCUUAGAGCCCAGUUAAUUGCAAGCCUAGUUAGAAUCCUUCACUAUAUCUCUUCAGAUAACAUGGGAGGUAUUACCAAUCUAGUAUAUCCAGAGACCAUGUAUGAGAUUUACGUUUCCCUACUGAGAAUUGCCUUUGGAUCUAACUCCUUGACGAAUGAAGCUCAUACUAUAAUAAAGUCUGUUCGCAGCCAAGAGAAGUACUUCAACAUACCGAUAUUCAACAAAUGGUGUGAAGCGCGAGCGAAGCUGUUGAAUCACAUAGACCAGAGCGAUGAUAGUGAGAGUAGCAAAGGGGAAAAAGAAAAUGGCGAGUUCAUUGCAGAUAUCGAGAGUGAAUAUGCCAAUGGUUUGGAAUUUCCCUACGAGGAGGAAGCAGUAGAGCUUGCUAGAGAAAUACUAGACCAAUGUGUAACUCACGAAGAAGCGGAUAAUCUCUUCUUCAACAUGAACUACGAAGACCCAAAUUUGCAAGAGGAUGAGUACACCAAAUUCGAUGAGAUGGACCUAGUGAACUAG